CCACUGCGCAGGCACUUGAAGCCUUUUCCCUCUCGGUCACCGUCGCGAUCUCUCUCUCUCCUUUCCUCCCGCGUUGAAAUUACCCUGAUAACGGAAUUUCACGACCAGGCGGUUCUAUUGCGAGAUAUCUCUUGUUAUGCUCACUUCGGCGAUUGGUACAUUCAUCUGAAUUUUUGGUUGUAUUUCUCUCUCUACGGCUCUUCCUUUAUUGUCGAGAUCGGCGUUCUAGGGUUGCAUCUUUGCCUGUUUCGGUCGUGGUUUUGAGUUCGGUGGUGUGUGGUUUGAGGAGUAAACUAGGGUUUUGCCGUUCUUGUGGAUUUAUGAGGAGAAUUUUGGUCUCUGUUUGGGGUUUUGAGGGUAAGAUGAUUCUUGAAGGAUGAACGAUGCCGGUACUGCGUAGCGGAGUGCGCAGGGGCCGGGCAAAGGAGCAGAAAGACGUGUUGAGUCCGAUCGAACCGGAAGGGGAGGCCAUUGCAACGAGAACAAGGAGGAGGAGGAGGAAGGCAGCGGCAGCAGUAGAAGUGGUGCCUAAUACUAACGAGAAACAAUUGCAAGAAAGAAACGAUCAGCAGCAGCCACCGGUCGAUGAUAAGGUAGCUGCUGUGAUAGCGACUCAGGAGGAGCGUUGGGUGUCAAAGGAAGAUUUUCGUGUCAGAGGUGGAGACCAGCUUGGUAUUGGUGAGGUAGGAGGCGCUGCCGGUGGAGCUAAGAAGGAAGAAAUAGGGGAGAAGAAAAUGAAUGAUCGCGACAGUGGAGCAGGAAGCAAUGAUAAAGCUCACGCCGUUGAAGAAGAGGGAAGCACAACACCGCUUCCUGAAAAGAUUCAGGUGGGUGGUUCCCCACUCUACAGGAUAGAUAGAAAGCUGGGUAAAGGUGGAUUUGGACAGGUUUAUGUUGGACGGCGGGCUUCCACUGUUAAUACAAAUGAGAGAACUGGCCCUGGUGCUGUGGAGGUGGCUUUGAAAUUUGAGCAUAGAAGUAGCAAGGGAUGUAAUUAUGGACCACCUUAUGAAUGGCAAGUUUACAAUACUCUUGGUGGUAGUCAUGGUGUACCCCGGGUGCAUUACAAGGGCAGACAAGGUGACUACUAUAUUAUGGUUAUGGAUAUGCUGGGGCCAAGCUUGUGGGACGUCUGGAAUAAUAAUGCUCACACAAUGUCUGUUGAAAUGGUUGCAUGCAUUGCAAUUGAAGCAAUAUCCAUAUUGGAAAAGAUGCACUCUCGCGGGUAUAUUCACGGUGAUGUCAAACCUGAAAAUUUUCUGCUUGGUCCUUCAGGGACCCCGGAUGAAAAAAAGUUGUUUCUGGUUGAUCUUGGCUUAGCAACUAGAUGGCGCGAUGGUUCUGGCCAGCACGUUGAAUAUGAUCAGAGACCUGAUGUAUUCAGAGGAACAGUGCGCUAUGCUAGUGUACAUGCCCAUUUAGGGAGGACCGGUAGCCGGAGAGAUGAUCUAGAAUCUCUUGCCUACACACUAGUUUUCCUUCUUCGGGGUCGUCUUCCAUGGCAAGGAUAUCAGGGAGAGAACAAAGGAUUCCUUGUUUGCAAGAAGAAGAUGGCUACUUCUCCGGAGACUUUAUGUUGCUUUUGUCCAAAGCAGCCCUUCAAACAGUUUGUUGAAUAUGUAGUGAACUUGAAGUUUGAUGAAGAACCUAAUAUGCAAAAUAAUAUUCACUUUUUUGAUGGAAUCAUUGGCCUAAAUCCUGAUAUUACAAUAAAUACAGAUGGUGCUCAAAAGGUGGGACAUAAGCGAGGCAGAUUGACUUUGGAGGAAGAGGAUGAUGAACAGCCAAAGAAGAAGGUUCGUAUGGGCAUGCCUGCAACACAAUGGAUCAGUGUUUAUAAUGCUCGGCGGCCUAUGAAGCAAAGGUAUCACUAUAAUGUAGCUGAUGCAAGGCUUGCUCAGCAUAUCGAGAAAGGGAAUGAGGAUGGCUUGUUUAUAAGUAGUGUAGCCUCAUGUCAAAAUUUAUGGGCCUUGAUAAUGGAUGCUGGCACUGGGUUUUCAUCACAAGUUUAUGAACUUUCACCCCAUUUUCUUCACAAGGAAUGGAUCAUGGAGCAAUGGGAAAAGAACUAUUACAUCACAGCAGUAGCCGGAGUCAUCAAUGGGAGCUCAUUGGUCGUAAUGUCAAAGGGCACACAGUACUUGCAACAGUCAUAUAAAGUCAGUGAUUCUUUUCCAUUCAAAUGGAUAAACAAAAAGUGGAGGGAGGGAUUCUUUGUAACGGCAAUGGCCACCUCGGGAAGUAGGUGGGGCGUUGUUAUGUCCCGUGGUGCAGGAUUUUCCGAUCAGGUGGUUGAAUUGGAUUUCUUAUACCCGAGUGAAGGUAUUCAUCGACGAUGGGACUGCGGAUAUCGAAUCACUGCAACUGCAGCAACCAGUGACCAAGCAGCCUUGGUUCUUAGCGUGCCGAGGCGAAAACCCACUGAUGAAACACAAGAGACUCUCCGAACAUCUGCAUUUCCGAGCACCCAUGUCAAGGAGAAAUGGGCAAAGAAUCUUUAUAUUGCAUCCGUAUGUUAUGGAAGAACAGUUUCGUGAUCUUCUAUAUCCGUUCUAACAAAAACAAAAAAAGACACAUGGAGAGAGCCGAGCUUAGAAUUGCUUUUGAUGACCUAGUCAAAUUAAAUGUAAUUAAGUUAUUAUCUGUUAGAAUGUUUGUGAAUUAUGCCAUUUAUAGAAAAAUAUGCCCCAUUUGUCGGCCAACGA